UUAAAGAUCAAAUCGGAUGACUCAAACGACAGCAACAACAGACAAGGAACAUCAACGAAUCAGAGUGCCGGACAACAGGUAAAGACACUUACCACAUUUACCAUGGCCAAUCAGAAUCAAGUGGAUGCUGUUGUAGCAACAGUUUCAAAAAAUCCUCUCAAGGAACAAUACAACAUCAAGAACAAUACAACUCAGCCAUCCGACCUAAAGAAGCAAUUUUUAAAAAUGUUAUCCAACGAUUUUAGCGAACAAUUUUAUUUUCCCCAAUACUUGUCAUCGACGGCUCCAAGUGAAAAUCUCAAUUCUUCGACCAUUGGAAGCAGUUUUACAGCCUACGAUCAAAACAGCGCCGGGAAUUAUAAUUCGAUUGAUAUGAACUUCUGCCAGCUGGACACUGUGGACCUGCAUAAUAAUGAUUCAAUGUCCGAUUCAAAUACCAGCAAUGAAUUUGGAUUGGAAACCCCCAUACCAACCUCCACAUAUGAAUUGGAGCAUUUCUACAACACCUAUCAUCAGCAACGCAAUGAUCAUCAACAGCAUUGGAACAAUACAGGCCUCGGCUUUUCAUCCUCCUCAUCAUCAUCAUCAUCCCCAGAAACAUCUAAUCGCCACAAUUUGACCACCACCACCGGGAAAUCAUUGCGAUACGCUCCAUCCAAUAUUGAAAAUAAAUCAUAUAAAUCUUACACAAAAAUCAACAGAAGCUCAUCUUCGUCCUUGGCAUCCACAUCGGGCGCCAUGUGCUCCCAGGAAGUUUUGCGAAAACGUCGUCUUGCCGCCAAUGCCCGAGAACGCCGACGCAUGAACAGUCUCAAUGAUGCAUUUGAAAAGUUGCGCGAUGUUGUACCCUCACUCGGUCACGAUCGUCGUCUAUCUAAAUAUGAAACCCUGCAAAUGGCACAGGCUUACAUUGGAGAUUUGGUUAAAUUAUUAACGCGAGAUUAUUAGAAAAUAUUUUCCGUUGCAUAAUAUUUGUACAAAGUUUUAUUUAUUCGAAUUUAAGUGUUAUAGAUUUUAGUUUAAAUAAUGUGUUAAAUAUUUUGUUGAAAAUAAAAAUAAUAUUUUAA